AACAAACGUACAACGUACAAUGUAUCGAUACAGAUUAAUUACUAAGGUGUGAAAUACGAGAGUAAUUAAAAACGAAACGAGUUACCAGUAUUAAUUAUGAAGUUGGCGAUUAUACUCUGUUUGUUAGGAGAUUGCUUGUGCUGUGGGACGACCCCUGAAGGCGAAGAAACAACCGUGGGGCAUGGGCCAAACGACACGCAGUUUUUGGGCAAUCUAACAGGAUGGGGAGUGCCUGAUACGGACGGCAAAAGUUGGAAGAAUUAUAUCAAAUAUUAUAAGAAUGUAACGCAAGGCAACAAGACUUUUGAUGACGCCGACGCAAGCUGGAACAACUUUAUGUCGCAGAGUCAUGGCAAAGGGUUUCCGAAGGAGUGGCAAGGUUAUGGACCAGGUUCGCCCGGUAAUGCUCCUCCACCCUGGGCAUACAUAGCUGGGAACUAUGGCAGACCAUACUUUUGCUUUCAAUUCCCAGCUUUUGGUACUUGUGAUCGUAAAUAUGUCAGAUGGGCUUUCAACCCCCAAACGCAGGUUUGUCAAAUGUUCUUCUACAGUGGGUGCGGAGGUAAUGAAAAUAACUUCAGAUACAAGGCGAGUUGCCAAGACGCUUGCUCGAACACCCCCGCUUCGCCGUGCGAACCGCAAGAGAAGAUAGACUUUAUGGAGUUACUCAAUGGAUGA